GUUGAUGCGAAGGAGCCUGGACAAGUAUUGAGCCAGCUCUCCCACAUAAGGCCUCUUCUACAGCGCGCCCUGCCAGCUCUUGGACUCCGACGUGCAAGCCUGCUGGUCGGCGGACCACGACCUCGGGCUCCGGGAGAUGAAGCGGGGCUUGCUGCGCCGCAAGGAGGCCUUGGACAAGCUGGCCCAGACCACCGCUUCUGGUUGUGCCGAGCGGGCAAAGGUUUGUGCUCCUGAGACCAGCGAGGCCGCGGCGUCCGCGCGCCUUGCAGCCCCGCGGCUGUGCUGUGCCUGUGUGGUGGUGGAGGGUGUGGGAUCCGUGGAGGCAGCAACCCGCUUGGUGCGGGCGGCGACGAGUGUGGUGCCUCACACUGCAGUGCUCUUGGUCUGGUACGGCGAGGAGCCUGGCGCCUGCAUGGCCGCACUGGCGGCUUGCGGGCUGGCGCCGGGCUGCGCGCUCUUCAGGGGACCUCUGGAGGAAGCGCUAGAGGCCGCGUGCCCAGGCAGCGGCUGUCUACGCUCUGCAGCGGCGGCCAACUUCUUGGCUCUGCCAGCGUUGUUGGGCCUCUGCACGGAGGACCUGCUGGUCAUCGGAGAGGGCUCAGAGCUUUGGGCUCACGUGAGCAACACGCGAAGAUCAGCGGUGUUGGCCCGUGCGGCCCACAGGACCUUCCUGGAGGACAGCUUGGAUUCGGCCUUCCAGGAGCUGCGCGGCAAUCCCGAAGCCAGCUACGUGGGCCUUGAGGACACCCGCCUGGCACCAGCCUUCGACCCCCAAACGCUGCUCUACCGCUCCAGGGCAUGGGCGCGGCUGGCUACCUGGGUGCGGGAGAUGCUGCGGAUAUCGCUACGGCUGAUGGCCGGAGGCCUCCCGGCAGAGGUCUGCGUAGCAGCUGCUGCCCGGUGCAUUGUAGGUCUCUCGGGGCUGGAGCUGGAGCUUUUGCCGGCGCACUGGGAGCGCUGUGACUGAGCCAGCGCUCCGACCUUUCACGGGG